AGCGCAGGGAAGCGGGAGCGCGUCCGAGGCGCUGUUGGACCUCUACGCGGCGCGGUGCAAGGACACUCACGCGACGUUCAAGCGUGACGACGCAGCGCAUUGGCGGGAGAUGAUGUUCAAGCGACUGGGCGGUGCGGUGUGCAACCUCCGUGGGCAGCUGCUUGGCGUUCACUCGGCGAUGGUUCUGGCCAAAGUCUUCCGCAAUGCAGAGUAUGCCGCCAUGGACUUGUACGGCAACGUCCUCCGCGAUGCCGGCACGGCCUCCAUCUGCAAGCUCGUGCUGGACAACCCGAGGAUCCGCGAGCUCAAUCUUGGCUGCAACGACCUGACCGACAAGUCGGGGAGGGCUAUUGUGGACAUGCUCAAAAAGUCGACCUCGCUGCGGGUCCUGCACCUCGGCCGCGAGCCGAGCCACUACCACGACAACAACCUGACGGCGGCCACAGGCAUCGAGCUCGCUGCUGUCCUCGCCGACGGCAACUCGUCGCUCACGGCGCUGACGCUCAACGGCAAUGCCAUCGGCGUUGGGCCGGACGGCCUCUCUGCCAUCGAGGAGAUCGGAAACAUGCUGGUCUCGACCACCAGCCUCGCCACGCUGCACUUGGCUGAGAACGGUGUGUCUGUCCAGGGCGGACUGGUUCUUGCUCAGGCCUGCUCGCGCAACAAGUCGCUAGCGGAGCUGGACUUGCACGGCAACGCGUUUUCGCCCGACGUCGGCCUCGCGCUCGCGAAUGUGCUGGCGACAAACACGACGCUCGCGGUACUCGACCUGGCGCGGUCAGGCAUCGGCACCCGCGGCGGAGUGGCGCUUGCUGCGGCGCUCCGCGACAACGAGGCCCUGGUCUCGAUCAAGGUCGCCGGCAACGACAUUGGCGACGAGGGCGCCCAGGCAUUUGCAGUUGCGCUCUCGGAGAACGACACGCUCACCAUGCUCGACGUGGCCGACAACGGGAUCCGAGUUGAGGGGGGGUGCGCUUGCGUCUGCGCUCGCUAUCAAUCCAGUCCUCAUCUCGCUCAAUCUUGCGGGCAACGGCAUUGCCGACGCGACGGCAGAGCCGCUUGCGGCCUCGCUCGCGCAGCACCCGUCGCUCACCAAGCUCAACCUCAACUCGACCAAGAUUUCGGACGUGGGUGGCGUGCUUCUUGCGCAGGCGCUUGCCGAUAACCGAGUCCUCAAGACGCUCAUGCUCAACGACAACUUUCUCUCCGAGACGGCCGGGCAGGAGAUGGCGGCGGCGUUUAGCUCGAACGCGUCGAUCACCAAGCUGGUGCUCUCGGGCAACCAGAUUAACCACAACACGAUUCUGGCGUUCCGCCGGCUGUGCGAGCGCAACCGGUCAGACAUCAAGGCCACCCAAGUCCGCCCGCUCAAAAACGAGGUCAUCCGGCUGCUCGGCCAGCAAGAACGACUGUGGGAUGCCCAAAAGCAACUCAAGGCGCUGCAGGACGAGCGGGUCGGGCUCCAGCAGGAGAUUCGGACCAUCGAAGCCGACAUGGCGUCGCUCAAAGCCGACGAGGACAUGGCGGUCAAGAUGCUUCAGAAGCAAAUUGACCAGCAGAACGCCAUCCUCAAGGAGGUCUCCGAGUCGGUGGCCGAGAAGGAGGCUGAGAUUGCGUCGAUCGACGACGAGUACGCUGUCAAGAUCAACGCCGUCCAGUCGGACCUUGACGAGACGCUUGCCCGCAAGGAAAAGCUGACAACCGAGCUGGCAACGGCCGAGGCGGACGUUGCCGCGGCAAAGACCAAGCUUGUCGACGACGUCGCCGCCAUUAAGCAGGCGAUCGAGGAUGCCAAGGCCGCACGCGCUGCCGCGCUCGAGGCCGCCGACGCCGCUGUCGCGCAGGCGCAAGAGUGGAAGGACGCACAGGCCAAGGAGCUCGAGGAAGCGCUUGCGGCCGAGGCUGCUGCUGCCGCCGAAAAAGCCGACAAGAAGGAGCGCAAGAAGCGUGCUAAGAAGGACGCCAAGGCCAAGCGUCUGGCAGAGAAGAAGAAGGCCAAGGAGGAGGCCAAGCGCAAGGCCGCCGAGGCCGCCGCCCGCGCCGCCGCCGAGCGCAAGGCCAAGGAGGCCGGCGCCGAGCUCUCGGAACGCGAGGUGCUUGAGACAAGAGUCGACGAGCUGCUCGGGCUCAAGUAACACGUAACGGUACGCUCACCCUACCGCGCUGUUGCGCCCCCUCAUCGUCGUGGUGCUGCCUUUGGUCGAAUCUGUCCACUCGGUACCUUUACGGACUAAAACACAGCUCACUUGACUACGCAGC